AUGGACGGAGAUAAUCAAUUAUGGAAUAAUCAACGAUCUGCUCGGCCUGUUGAAAUAAUGAUGGCUGGAGAGAUAUAUGUCGAGAUGAGCUUGAGCAAGCUGUUGACUAUUGUCAAACCAACAUACUCAGCCAAACGGGUAAUGGGGGUAACUUUGGCUCGUUCCAUUCUCCAUCUUUUCGAAGGGCCUUGGCUAGAUGGCUGCAUGUCGAUCGACGACAUAUACGUAUACUGCAAAAUCGACAACAAUCAACCAUACCCAGUCUUUGAAAAGGUCUUCAUCGCGACAAGAUUUGGGAAUCAAUCAAAAACAAAUCUCACUUCGUCAGGCAAAUACAAGAUUCACCCGUUUCCCACAAUUUUGGCUCUAGGCAUCAUUCUGAUAGAGCUGGAACUAGGUGAAGAGUUUCCAGAUAUUAAGAGUAAACCUCUCUUUGAAUCAAAAAAAGGUCAACCAUUUUACCUCGCACGGUAUCUUCUGAAGGAAUUUCAGAAACACUUCACUCUGGAUUCUGGUCUCAUCCGUGCUGUGAAGUUCUGUAUUGAUCGCGCGUCAUUUUCUCGUUUUGAUACAUUGGAUUCCGAAGCUCUUCUUCACAGCCAAGAGUUCAUCGACACCUACUAUAACAAUAUUGUCCGUCCAUUGGAGCAAGACCUUGUCAAGGGAGCCCAUUGGACCUGGGAGCAGGUGGAUGAUUUGCGACCGCCAAAUACCGAUACAGGAGUCUGCAAGGUCUUCACUUCGAAGACUUUUGAGUUUUCGCAAACCACAGCAAGCGACUUAGCUAGCGUACAGUUCGCCUCUAGCAAUACCAGACUACUUCUCAACGAUCAGCAGGGAACACAUGACGUCAUUAGCAACAGUCGAUGGUCUGCAUCGCUCUCAACCAACAACACCAGGCUCAUGCCAAAGGAAGUUCCAAUUUAUUCGAAAUCUACCCGGUCUGCAACAUGUACGAUUGAUCAAGAACGGUCAUUUUUCGCUCAACAGCGAGUCUUUUCGGCUGUUCCAGAAAUUCAAUUGAGUAGGCCGGAGAGACGUGAGCAUUUCGAAAUCGCCAUUAUUUGCGCUCUCCAGAUAGAGGCUAAUGCUGUACAAAAUAUUUUUGAGGAGCAUUGGGAUAUUGACAGCGUUUAUGACUAUGGGAAGCAGUCUAAUGAUCCAAAUUCUUACUCUACGGGUUCGAUCGGACGUCACAAUGUGGUUCUCGCCCACCAACCCCGAAUGGGCAAGGCUACAGCUGCCAAAGUUGCUGCUACAUGCUCUAUGAGCUUCCCCAACCUCAAGCUCAUACUUAUAGUUGGUGUUUGUGGUGGUGUCCCUUCCCCUGGCACUAAGAAGGAGAUUCUUUUGGGCGAUGUGGUCAUCAGCAAAGGUAUCGUGCAGUAUGAUUUUGGUCGACGGUAUCCCGAUGGUUUCCGACCGAAGGCUACCAUUGAUGAUCAGCCCGGUCGACCCGAUAUAGAGAUAUCCUCUCUUAUAGCUAGACUGGAAACUAAGAGACAUCAGUUGAGCCUCCGAGAAAAUAUAGCUGCCUAUUUGGAUGAAUUGGAUUGUGGUUCCGACACUCCCGAUGAUAUUUACCCUGGGCACAAGCAGGACAAACUAUUUGGCUCAGAAUAUGUCCACAAACACCAAGAAUCUCACAUUAAAAUAUGCACUCCUUGUCUGACAGGAGUUUGCAAUUUGGCAAUGGACGCGACGUGUGAAGAUCUCCAAUGCGACCAGCAGCAACUGAUCCCCCGAUUCCGGCAGAACCAACGAAACAGGCCAUAUGUACAUUUUGGAUUGAUAGCAUCAGGAGACACAGUAUUAAAAUCAGCACCAGAACGCGACAGGAUAUCCAAGGACGCCAAUGUAAUAGCAUUUGAGAUGGAAGGGUCGGGGGUGUGGGAUACCAUUCCUUGCGUGAUUAUCAAGGGCGUAUGCGACUAUGCAGAUAGCCACAAGAACAAACGCUGGCAAGAGUAUGCAGCGAUGACAGCAGCAGCGACUGCAAAAGCCCUUCUACGACACUGGGCUGUAAGCAACCAAUCAAGAAGUAUAAUAUAA